GAUGUUUGAAUUUCGACCAAAUCUGACAAUGCUCGCCAUUGGAGAAACAGCUUUUUUUAUUAUCCAGUUUUGUGUAAUCCAUGUCUGGGAGUGGCUCAAUUGGCUGGUAAGCAAAUGGUUGUAGGUUCAAAACCAGUCAGAAGCAUAGUUUUUAAUUUUUUAUUCUGGCAAAACGGUUUCUAGUCUCCCGAUAAAUCCUCCGGUUGUAAAACAUAGCAAUGCGUGUUUAUUUGAGCCCAUCACAACACUCCGAUCAUCUGUUUAGCGAGACUUUGUAAACCACUGCAAAACAAGCCAGGUUCACCACAGUAGCUAGCUACUUGUAGUCUACGCAUGGUAGAGAUAACUCUAAUGGUUAUCUCUAAUGAAGUAAAUUAAUUGUUCAGGUGGAUCCCUUGCCUGUUGCACAAAUUCAUUUCAGUAACCUGAGCCAGGACACAUCCCCACUGAUGCUAGGCAUGAUUUGAAAUUUGACAAGUUAUGGCACUCCUAACAACCUUUUAAAAAAAACUAUGAGUAAGUUAUUCUUUACAGCAGCAACCCAGUCAUUCCGUUGUCCCGUUUUUAUAGGAAAUGUACAAGCAGUUUCAACUUUGGACGAAUCUUACAAUGCUUACCACAGGAGAAACAGCUUAUUUUUUUAUACAGUAACUGAACAUGACAAUAUUCAGCACUGAGAAUAUCUCAAUGGGCUGGGAUGGUGACCUGUAAAGUAUAAGGUCGUAGGUUGGAAUCCAGCCAUAGUCUUUUGGCCUGUCAUAAUUUUGAUUAUCUGUUCAGUUCAACAGGAUGACAUCAUUCUGAAGUACCACAAACAAUUUCACCUUGGUAUGUGAAAAUAUGAUUGAAUUAGAGCAGUUUCAAAGUUGGCUGAAUCUAACAACGCUUACCACAGGAGAAACAGCUUACUUUUUUAUACAGUAACUGAACAUGAUAAUAUUCAACACUGAGAAUAGCUCAAUGGGCUGGGAUGGUGAUCUGUAAAGUAUAAGGUAGUAUGUUGGAAUCCAGCCAUUAUCUUUUGGCCUGUCAUAAUUUUGAUUAUCUGUUUAGCUAAACAGGAUGACAUCAUUCUGAAAUACCAUGCACAAUUUCAUGCAAUUUCACCUUGAAAUGUCAACUGUUUCUUAACCUUUGUCCCAAUGUUGACCAAAGCUAAUACUCUGCCCUUUCUAUUCAAAGAAACAGUUCUAUAUCUCAACAGUUGGUGUGUAGCAGAGAGGAUAGAGAGACUGCUUUGUAACCUUAUGCUCAUGAGUUCAAAUCCCCAUUCAGCCUGUUGUUGGCCAAACAUGAAGUAGUUUUGCUCUCUUGUUUUCCAACUCUCGAUCUUCGAUAGUGUACAUGUUUUAGGAGUGGGCGAUAUACCGGUUUGAUAGUAAAAACCGGUAUUGUGCCGCGCCAUGAUAUGGAUUUAGCAAUAUCAUGGAUACCGCGAUUUAUUCAGAAUUCAUAAAUUCGAAUUUUGCAUCAAUAUUUUUUUGUUCCAAAUUUCAACUGAGUGAUAGUACUAAGUAGCUACAUCUUUUUUUUUUUUUUUUUAUCCAACCUUUCUUGGUUCUUACGAAUAAAAGAAUGUAUGUUAAUAUGUUGACCUAUUUUUAUGAGCGCACGUCGCAUGCACUUGUUGCACGCAUGUAGUGCUAGCAACAAAGAAGUGUGCAGGCAGCUGCAGUUAGGAGGCAGGUUAACUAUUGGGGGAAAACUUUACAAUCCAGGAUGAGCGAAAACACAGAAAUUGAUGUUGCUCAAGAGCAGGAGGAUAAAUUGGUUAAGAAGAAAGGGGGCACCUCUGUUGUUUGGAACUGGUUUGGCUUUAAAAUCUCCGACCCCGACCAAAACACUACCCUAUGCAAGUUGUGUCGUCGUGUUGUCUUAGCAAAAGGUGGAAACACGACCAACCUGUUCAAUCACUUAAAAAACAUACAUGUCCGUGAGUAUGAACAAUGCACCAGAAUGCGUGAGACAGUAAGCCCAGGAGCUCGCCCGAAGACAAGCCAGACUCCCACUCAACAAUCAAUUAUAUCAUCAUUUGCUGCCGGUACUUGCUAUGAGAAGACGAGCAAAAAAUGGAUAGACAUCACAGCUGCGAUUACAAAUCACAUAGCGAAGGACAUGGUACCGAUUCAAACUGUGGAGAAAGAGGGGUUCAGAAAGUUGAUUCAAACUCUGGACCCAAGAUAUGAGAUCCCGAGCCGCAAAUAUUUUAGCCAAAAAUGCCUGCCACAGCUUUACACAGAAUGCUGGGACAGAGUUUACAGUGAGAUAAAUAACAUUCCAUUCUUCUCCACUACUGCCGAUCUAUGGUCAAGUCGUACCACAGAACCUUAUAUAAGCCUCACAAUCCAUUACAUAGACGGUGACUGGAAACUGAAAAGUAAGUGCCUACAGACGUCUUAUUUCCCAGACGACCACACCGGGGAAAUAAUUGCAGGUGGGCUGAGGGACAUACUGUCGUCCUGGGGAUUAAAAGAGUCGCGUCAAGUUUGUAUGACGACCGACAGCGGAUCGAACAUGAUCAAGGCAUUGCAGCUGAACAAGUGGGCAAACCUUGGAUGUUUCGGACACAGGCUGCACAAUGCUAUUGAGAGGAGUGUCCAAAACGCUCCCGGGCCACAGGGGUGUGCGAUUUCCCGGGCCACAGGGGUUUGCAAAAAGGUGGUUAGCACGUUCUCAUACAGCUGGAAAAAGCAGAAGGCCCUGAUGACAGCACAGAAUGAACUAAGCCUGCCCCUGCACAAGCUCAUCACAGAAUCUCCGACAAGGUGGGGAUCUCGUCUGAAAAUGAUGGAAAGAGUCCUGGAGCAGGAAACGGCCAUUACACAGGUCCUGGCAGGGGACAAAAAGACACGGCACCUUGUACCUACCUGGCAAGACAUCCAGGUCUUGGAAUCAGUCACAGCAGCACUGAAGCCACUCCAGGACUUUACAGAUGCCCUGUCAGGAGAAGCGUAUGUGAGCGUGUCCUAUUUGAAGCCUGUCAUCAAUCUGUUAAAUGCAGAGGUUCUAAAUCUGAGCAAGGACGAUACAGAACUGACCAAAGAGAUCAAGAUCAAGGUUCUUGAUUACUUGAAUAACAAGUACACUGACCCUGCAACAGAUGAGCUGCUCUCCAUGGCUACCUUUCUAGAUCCAAGGUUCAAGACCAGGUACAUGUCCGCUGAGAAACUGGAGGACAUUAAGGUGAGAGCUGCCUCAGAGACCGAAGCCCUCCUGGUGGAGAACACAGCCCUGGGAAAAUCGUCUCUUGCAGAGGAUCACACUGACAGGGAGAAAGAAGCUUCCACUGCUCAUCAAUCAGGCAAGAAGCCCAAGAAGAGCCUUGGGAGCUUCUUUAAGCAGACCAGCAGUGCACCUGCCUCAUGUUCAGAGAGGCAGAUCAUUGAGCAAGAGCUGAAUAGCUACAUUCUGGCAACGGCAGCAGACAGCGAGUCUGAUCCUUUGGAGUGGUGGCGAUUUCACGGAUCUAAUUUUCCACGUGUGAGUUGUCUGGCAAAGAAAUACUUAUGCAUCCCUGCCACAAGUGCCCCCUCUGAGAGGGCAUUCAGCACUGGGGGCAAUGUGGUGACAUGUCACAGGGCAACACUAAAGCCAGAAACAGUCAACAUGCUGGUAUUCCUGGCACGGAACUUGUGAAGAAAGUUCUAGUGAAGAUUUGUUGAUAUUGUUGAUAAUUGAUGGUUGAGGCUUGAAAGGUUUAGUUUCAAACGGUUAGUUUUUUACAUAUCUACGGACCGUAGCCAAAACAAACACACGUAUUUGAAUUUGUAAUUACCUUAUUUUCUUUAUCUCCUGUUAUUUUUUAUUUAAUUUUACUUAAUAUCUAAUUUAUAUAUAUAUAUAUAUAGGCCUACCUACCUCAUCUUUACGGAAUGCAUGU